GAGCCCCCCGGCGAGGCAUGGAGCCACCCCCCGACUGCCCGCAGGAGACCCCAGCCAAGUUCCUGAACCUCAUCGGGCCGGGGGAGCUGCAGCGCUGUCUGUUCACCGAGACGCUGGACGUGGUGGCGGCUGAGGCCCAGCCCGGGGACGUGGCAUGGGGCCAGUGGUGGGUGUCAGCCCGCUGGGCACCGUACGAGCGGGUGGGGGAGCCGGUGCGGAGUUGCCUCCUGGUGCAGGCCGGGUGCCGCCGCAGGCAGGACGGGGUGCCAGCCUCCAGCAGCCUCACAGCCUAUGUGACCCCGGAGAUGGAGACCCUGGAGCAGGAGGAGCAGGAGUGCCUGGAGCACAGACCAUACCCUGUACGGAGGAGGACCCACAUGGUGAGGCACCAGCAUGGGAUGACUGUCACAAAGACCCUGCAGGAGGGAGAGGCAGAGCCACAGUACUGGAACUUCAUCUAUAGCCGGGCAGAGCUGCAGGGACUGCUGCUGGAGGGUGCCAACCUCCUGCUGCUGCGGGUGCUGGCGUGCCGGCGGGAGGUGCCUCCUGGCCUCGUCUUCCCGACCAUCAACACCGAGGGCCAGCUCUGCACCGCCAGCUACCGUGCCCUGGGUGUCCCGCCGCAGGCAGAGGUGUUUGUGAUCGAGCGAGCCGUGCACGGCGGCGCGGGCGCCUCCACCGCCUGGCAGAGCAGCUUCCUCCCUAGCGGGCGGUUGGCACGGCUGGUGCAGGUCGGCAGCCCGAUGGUGAUGCGUCUGCAGGAUGAGCCUGUCCCUGCUACAGAGAAAGGUGGAGUCGUGCCCCAGUCACCCUUCCCAAAGCAGCCCCUGGACUGGGAGGAGGACAUCCAGCUCUUCUCCUGGUUCCUGGACAGAAAGGGGGAGCUGCAAGAGUCCCACACUGCCUACAUCCAGCAGCACCCCGAGCUCCAGGUACUCCUGUCUGACUUCCUCCUGGCCCUGCUCCUGCAGCAGCCCGAAGACCCCACCUCAUUUGCUGCUGAAUUCUUUGCCCCCAAGGAGCCUCCUGAAACCCCUUUUACAUCCUCUAGGGCUGCCAACCCCAGCCCCUCACCUCCCCAGCCUGGCACUAACAGGGAAUAA